AAACCAAAAACCAAAAUCUCUGAACAUCAAUUCUCCACGUACCCAUCAUAUCAUCCCCUUUCUUUUCUCUCUGGAAAAGCUCACAGGGAAGACAAUGGUGGGCUUUCAACAAUGAAGAAGAAGAGAAAGAGUGGGUUAUGCUUGUCCCAUGGCCUGCCAUUCUGCUUACUAUGCCUCCUUUUCACCUUCACCAUUCAAAGACUAUGCUGCCAAGAACAGAAAAUUUCGGCCUUCAGAAGGAUUCAGGCCUCUUCGCCUUCAGGGUUCUUCCAUUAGCAGCACUGCUAGAGCCUCCUGCAACACUCUUGUCUCUGAGUUAUUCUUUUGGAUUUUAUUGUCCGAUUUCCAGGCUGCAAGGCUUUUGGGUCCUCCAGCAAGUUUCGAAGCUUCAAAACUCAAAGUUGUUUUCAUGGGAGAGGGGCUAAAAAAUUAUUCUGCAACAAUCCCAAGAACCUACAUCCUUUCCCACUGUGACUUCACAGCUAACUUAACAUUAACCAUCUCCAAUGUCAUCAACCUUGAUCAGUUGAAAGGGUGGUGCCAUAAGGAUGACGUGGUAGCUGAGUGGAAGAAAGUGAAAGAGACCAUGUUACUCAAUGUGCAUUGUUACGUAAGCGGUCCCAAUCUCUUGCUUGACCUUGCUGCUGAGUUUAGAUACCACAUUUUCUCCAAGGAAUUACCUUUGGUACUUAAAGCUGUGCUCCAUGGAGAUUCAGUCCUUUUCACCGAAAACCCUGAGCUACUUGAUGCUGUAGUUUGCGUUUACUUUCACUCUAGCUUGCCAAAGUACAAUCGCAUAGAAUGUUGGGGACCACUCAAGGAUGCUGCAGAGGGAAGACUAGGCAAUCAAGUUCAAGGUUUAUUAACAGCACAUAAGGAAAGUUCCUCUCCGCCAGAAAAGUGGGGAAGAAGGCCAAAAUCCAUCUUUCAAGCUCUGUUUACUUUCCUUCUUUGACUUGUGUAACUGGUCAAUGGGCUGGUUUCUUGCCUCAUGGCUGCAAUACAAGCCAAGGACAAGUGAAGUGGAGAAGAAUACAAUAAAAGUUGAAUACUAAGACUCAAAAGGCAAGGCAUCCAUUUCAUGAAAGAAGGAUUUUGCUUCUGAUUCUUUUGUGAUUGAUGCAUUAGUUGAAUUGGAUUGGAAAUGUAAAUGAACAAUUCUUCUGCAACUGAGGCCAUUUGUUCAUUCAUUAACUAAUGGCUAUUUUCUU